AUGGGUGGGGUCUUCCUGAGCUCUCGACCCUUCUUGGCAAGUCCGGGGUUCCUCGAGGGGUCCCACUUGGCCUUUGAGGGGGGUCCCGCGACAGACUCGUCCCUGGGGGCCUCAGCUGCAGGGGGUGCUAAUAAGGCCUACGUGGUGGUGUACUCACCUGUGGGCUGUCCCUCCCCACCCCGACCUCCAUGUCCACUCGCCGCCCCUGGACUGGAGAGCCCACCCUCAUUUUGGCUGGGGAAUGAAACCCUGAAGGUGCCGCUGGCACUCUUUGCCCUGAACCGUCGGCGCCUGUGUGAGCGGCUGCGAAAGAACCCUGCGGUGCAGGCCGGCUCUGUUGUGGUCCUGCAGGGCGGGGAGGAGACGCAGCGCUACUGCACCGACACUGGAGUCCUCUUCCGCCAGGAGUCCUUCUUUCACUGGGCAUUUGGUGUCACCGAACCAGGCUGUUACGGCGUCAUCGAUGUUGACACUGGGAAGUCGACCCUGUUUGUGCUCAGGCUUCCUGCCAGCUAUGCCACCUGGAUGGGAAAGAUCCAUUCCAAAGAGCACUUCAAGGAGAAGUAUGCCAUGGAUGACAUCCAGUACGCAGAUGAGAUUGCCAGUGUCCUGACAUCACAGAAGCCCUCUGUCCUCCUCACUUUGCGCGGUGUCAACACGGACAGCGGCAAUGUCUGCAGGGAGGCCUCCUUCGAGGGCAUCAGCCAGUUCAAUGUCAACAACACCAUUCUUCACCCAGAGAUCGUUGAGUGCCGAGUGUUCAAGACAGACAUGGAGCUGGAGGUUUUGCGCUACACCAACAGAAUCUCCAGUGAGGCACACCGGGAGGUAAUGAAGGCUGUAAAAGUGGGAAUGAAAGAAUAUGAGAUGGAAAGCCUUUUCGAGCACUACUGCUACUCCCGGGGCGGCAUGCGUCACAGCUCCUACACCUGCAUCUGUGGCAGCGGCGAGAACUCGGCCGUCCUGCACUACGGACAUGCUGGGGCCCCCAACGACCGAACGGUCCAGGACGGAGACAUGUGCCUGUUCGACAUGGGUGGUGAAUAUUACUGCUUUGCCUCCGACAUCACCUGCUCCUUUCCUGCCAACGGCAAGUUCACCGCAGAUCAGAAGGCCAUCUACGAGGCAGUGCUGCGGAGCUGCCGUGCCGUCAUGAGCGCCAUGAAGCCAGGUGUCUGGUGGCCUGACAUGCACCGUCUGGCCGACCGCAUCCACCUGGAGGAGCUGACCCGCAUUGGCAUCCUGAGUGGCAGCGUGGAUGCCAUGGUCCAGGCCCACCUGGGAGCCGUGUUUAUGCCUCAUGGGCUGGGCCACUUCCUGGGCAUUGAUGUGCACGAUGUGGGAGGCUACCCAGAGGGCGUGGAGCGCGUCGAUGAGCCCGGCCUGCGGAGCCUGCGCACCGCACGGCACCUGGAGCCGGGCAUGGUGCUCACCGUGGAGCCCGGCAUCUACUUCAUCGACCACCUCCUGGACGAAGCCCUGGCCGACCCGGCCCGUGCCUGCUUCUUCGACCGCGAGGUCCUGCAGCGCUUCCGCAGUUUUGGUGGGGUCCGCAUCGAGGAAGACGUUGCGGUGACUGACAGUGGCGUGGAGCUGCUGACCCGCGUGCCCCGCACCGUGGAAGAGAUUGAAGCCUGCAUGGCAGGCUGCGACAAGGCCUUUACCCCCUUCUCUGACGCCAAGUAGAGUCAGCCGAGAACGUCCACGGGCCUGAUUCACGACAGCCAGCCUGCUGAUUGGCCCUCCAGCGGCAACGCGGUGCUCCAAAAUCCCACGCAGCUUUGGCGUUUAAUCAUACCAAACAGUGCUGUUUCCGAAGGAGGAGACACAUUUUUAUUAGCCUUUAAUCUGUUAUAUACCUUGCUAAAAUGACUGUGACUUAAAAUUCUGACUGAAAAUAAUCCUAGCAACUAAGUUGUAUCUUGCUAUCAUUUGUAUUCCGCUUCUUAGCAAAGAUGUAUUUCCAGCGUUUGCUCUCAAAAAUCAAGAUGCAGGAUGGAAUUUGCAAUGAAAGUUUCCUAAAAUGGU